AUGGCUCCGGAUCUGAAUUCUGUCCCUGCGUCGCCCCGCAAUGGAGCUACGUUACAGGCAGCACCAAGUGGAAGUGGAGCCCCAACUACGCAAGCUGCAGCUCCGCAUUCUCGACAAUCCUCAACACCAGCAUCACGACGAGCCUCGCAAAUAUACCCCAUGAGUCCUCCACCGCUUCCUCUUGCUUCUCCGGGGGGUACUAUUCCAUCUUCUCAACAGAUGCCUCAACAUAACAGUGCGUUUCCUCCUCUUAGUCCUGGGUCAUCGGCACAUGUGCCGAAUGUCGAUGCUACUGGAGUGCCUAUGAGGCAUCCAAGGCCACUUACGGCUGCCGAACUACAUCUAGAGCUUGAAAAAGAGCAAGAGGCUGUGGUAAACCGCUUGACCCGUGAGCUCUCUGCUCUUCGCGCCCAUUCAGCAUCUGUAGCCUCGACUGCUUCUAGCGCUACAUCUGGUGUCCUUCUCGAUGUCAACGACCCGUCGAUAACCCAUACGGGCCCUAUGGCUGGCGCAACGCAUCCCACAGCUUCUCGCCGACACCGCAGUUCGUCCAGUGUCUCACGAGCCAGCAUAAACGCGGCGUACGGUGGGCCUACGUCGUUUGCAACCGGCACCACGAAUCUUCCUCAUCGUUACUCCAUGUCCUCCCAACCCGCAACAAGUGACCCGUCGACAAGUGCAAAUCCGCAAGUAGCACGGAGUGCAAGCGUUGUCAGUACGCCAAGAUACGAGGAGGUCGCACAUUAUAGACAAGAGCUCGAAGAAGCUAAGCGGGAGAAUGAUGCGUUGAAGCGGAGGAUCAGAGAGCUAGAGAGGUUGAUCAGAUCUCCAGAUGAUGCCAACACCCCGACCCAGCGGGGAAGGCUUGGUGCUCCAACUAGUGAGAGCGACAUCCUGAAUGGAGAAACAACGGGAAACGAUACAGCCUGA